AUGAAUGUAUACUACGAUUUACUAUGUGACAGUCAACUACCCGAUAAUCAAGGUUACUGGUGGAGUCAACUUUUCGCGAAUCAAGUGCGUGCCGGUCAAGUACUACCACCACCACAACAACAACAAGAACCAAAAAAGAAAAGUCGUGGUCAACACAAAUUACAGCGAUAUCGAAAGAAGUUCCGUCGACAAGGCUUGGAUGAAGAUACCAUCAACAAACGGAUAAGUGACAUAUCUGUUGACUACCAAUGA